AUGUCCGAGAAGGUCUCCUUCACCGUCCGACGUCCAACACCCACCUCUCGUGGCGAAUCCGACGCGGAAGGCCCCACUUUUAAAGUCCCUGCCCUGCCUCGUCAUCUAUCUGGCUCCAGCACUCCCAACAUUCCGCCCGGACGCAAAUCGCCUUCUGUGCGCACCUACAGCGAACGUGACUCCUCCGACGAGGAUUCAGGGCACGAGGACGAGCUCGUCACUGCGUUUGACAAGUUCGGUGCCCAGCGUCUCCACGAGAAACCGAAGCCCCAGGGUCCUCUCGUCAUCCCUGCGCUCAAGAACCGUGACUGGCGCGAGCUCGCACGGAAGCGCAAGCAGCUGUACGUGCCCCCCAGCGCGGCAGCCACCACUGGCGCGGAUGGCUCCGUGGGUGGGCUCGGCACCCGCGACACGAUCAACUCAGGCCUCCAGGCGUCCGGCCUGCAGUUCCGCAAGCGGCAGAAGGUGGAGGAGGAUGCGGACGAGCCCAUGCCCGACCCGAGCGAGGUGUCGACCUCGGCCGACGACAUGCCGAAGGUCGAGGAGACGGACGACCAGAGGGCACUCCGCGCCAUCCUCGCCAGCGCGGUCGACGGCGGGGAUGCGGGUAUCGACGGACCGCACAUUGACAUCAUCCCCGCGCCGUCCGAAGACGACGCGUACAAACAGGACGUCCAGGAGCUCCCCGACUCCGCGACGCUCGACGACUACGAGCGUGUCCCAGUGUCCCAGUUCGGCGCCGCCCUCCUCCGCGGGAUGGGCUGGAAGGAAGGCCAGGCGGCGAGUCGAAAGAACAAAGGCAUCGUCGAGCCGUGGCUCCCGGCCUCUCGCCCGGCGCUGCUUGGUAUUGGUGCGAAGGAGAGGGAGGUGUUCGAUGACGGGAGCAAGGGCAAGAAGGGCGCCAAGGUGAGGCCGGAGAAGCGGUACGUCCCGGUCAUCAAGAAGGAGAGGUCGGAGGAGGGAGGGAGUUCCUCGAGGCAAAGAUCACCCUCGUCAAAACCUGGGUCGGGGAAGCCGUCUAGAUCGCCUUCGCCGAGCCACCGACGAGACAGCAGACGGGACGACCGCGACCGGGACGACUGCGACCGGGGCAAUCGACGGGACGAUCGAGACCAGGACCGGCGGCGAGACGAAGGAGACCGUGACCGCGACCGCUAUAGGGACGGCGAUCGCAACUACCGUCAUGAGAAGAGUGGCCGCGGGGAUCGCGAACGGGACAAGCACAGGAGCUCCGAGGACACGCGAAGAGCCCAUCCGGAUCGCCGACGAGAACAUGAUAACGACAAGCCUCGUAGCUCCCGCUCAAACGAUCGCUACCGCUGA